AUGGCAAACGUGGAUACGUCAAUCAGCGCCCGUGCCACCGGUGCCGCAGCCGACUUUGCGGCGAAGCACUCAGAAGAGCACCCACUGAAGCUAUACGGCGGCUGGUUCUGCCCCUUUGUGCAGCGAUCAUGGAUCGUCCUCCACGAGAAGAAUAUCCCUCAUCAGUACAUUGAAAUCAAUCCGUACAAGAAGGAUCCCGAAUUCCUCAAGAUGAACCCUCGGGGGCUCAUCCCGACCUUGGCCGUCCCCGUAGACGUAAAGGGCAACGAGCAACGGCCGCUCUACGACAGCACAGUGGUGUCCGAAUACCUGGAAGAAGCGUAUGCCGGCAAUAACCACGGCCCGCAUCUUCUUCCUGAGAAGGCGUAUGACCGCGCGAGGUGCAGGCUGUGGAUCGAUCACAUCAACUCGCGCAUAGUGCCCGCGUUUUACAAGUUUAUUCAACACACGCCGGAGAAGGCGUAUGGUAUCGAAAAAGCACGUGAUGAAUUCUUGGGCCACAUCAAGGCAUUCGUCAAUCAGAUGGACCCCGAAGGUCCCUGGUUCUUGGGCAAGACGUUCAGUCUCGUGGACGUUAUGAUAGCCCCAUGGGCCGUGCGUCUGUUCCUAUUUGAUCAUUACAAGCCAGGCGGGCUUGGGAUUCCCUCUGAUGGGGAGGCUGGCGAGGAUGAGACGGUAUGGAAGAGGUGGAAGCAAUGGUAUGAUGCUAUCACAGAGAGGCAAAGCGUGAAGGACACACUCAGUGACCGGGAUGCCUAUAUUGAGGCUUAUAAGCGGUACGCCGAGGACAAGACGGACUCUGAGGUCGGGCAGGCGACACGAGGUGGAGGCAAAUUGCCGUAA